CAAACUAUCAACAAGUCGAAAAUCCCAAAUAGAAAAUAAGCCUUUAAGAAAAAAUAAGUAGGUACCUAAGUCGAAAAAAAGCUUAACAACAACAUUUCUUCAGUCUUCGUCUUAUACAUGAAUAAUAAAAGAAAAAGAUACUUUUAGUCCCGACUUCGAAGUCUGCAAAAUUUCUGGCCAAAGAAAAACACUCCACGACUUGGACGAUCACAGUCAGUUCGAGCACCUCAGAUUGGAAACAACAUGUCGUUGUCGUUGCAGCAGCGAUCGAGUAGCACGCUCACAAAGUGCGUGAUUACGUUCCUCUUAUUUCUAGCAGUUAGCUUACAACAAUUCGUGAAAGUGAAAGGUGAUGGGGAUGUGACGGGGCUGCGAGGGAUAACGGCGGCGGUGCCGCCUCUGGAAUUGGAUCAGUUACAGGUGGUGAAUUUCCUGGUUGGUAUAUCGGUCGAUGGAAUUCUCUUAUCCAACGGAUCGGACAGUCAGUGCGGAAGAGAACUGGAAGAGUUCCUCAAAGGUGUCGAGGAGCAGGAGCCAUGGGCUUUAAAAGUCAUUGAUUCGUUCGGAGUUGCCCCGCAGACCAUAACCUGGGGUAACUACUUUUGGUUUGCCGCCAAAGAGUACUGUGAGGAUCUCAACAGACCCUAUAAGAUCUCGCUAUCAGGGCGUUAUCGCCAAACGAGUCACUUCAACGCCAGCAGUCCCUUUCCAGUACGCUUCUGGAUGGUUUACUUCAACUUCACCACCCCGGUUUAUGUGGAUUUAAAUCUUCAAUUCGAGCACAAAAUCCACGCAGGACUUUGCCUCCCCAAAAGCUGUUCCCACGAAGAAGUACUCUAUUUCAGCGAGUCAUAUUUCGCCAAGAAGAAAUUCGAACCCCAACAACGUUUCAAUAUCGAUAUGAAUGUCAUCGGUGCCAAAGAUCCCAAAUUUGAAUGGAAAAUUUUGCUAACAACUGGAUUUCUUUUGUUUUUCGCUGUUCUGUCAUCUUUAGUAUUUUGUAUGAUUAUUGCUGAAAUUAUCACUCAGAUUCAUAAAAGGCGGGCGUUGAAUGAAGAUGAAAAAAGUCCAAAGCCAGAAGUUACAAGACUUGAAGAAUUCUUUUUGUGUUUCAAUUUGAGAGAUAACUAUCACAGGAUGAUGCAGCUUGAAGGAUCUAAAGGAUUUCUGCCAGUUAUUGCUGGAUUGAGAAGUGUUGUCUGUUUGUGGGUCACCUUGUUUCAUGUUUAUUUCUACUCAUUGUUUGCCAUCAGCAAUGUUCCUCUAAUUUUCGCCAAGUUAGAAACGGUUAUUCUUCAGCCUGUUUUGCAAUCAUGCUUCUAUGUUGAUGUGUUCUUUGUUAUCAGCUCAUUUCUGCUGACAUAUAAUUUCUUAUCCAACUCAAAAAAUAUCGAACUGAUACGAAAGAAUUCAUUUGGAAAGAAUACGCAGUUUUUCGUUAAAUCCGUUUUGCAUCGAUAUGUGAGGCUUCUUCCGAUUAUGAUUGUGACAAUGAUUCUGAGUGACUGCAUAUACGACUUUAUGGACAUGUUUUCGCCCUUCAAAAUGGAUCAAUACAAUGGCAUCUAUUGCAAACAGAACUGGUGGUACAACAUUCUUUUCAUAAACAAUUUCCUAGACCUGAAGGAUAUUUGUUCGUCUUGGACUUGGUAUUUGGGUUGUGAGAUGCAGUUCUUCAUUUUAUUUACUUUGAUCCUCAUCAUUUAUGCAAAACAUGAACCAUUGGGAAAGUCAAUUUUUGUGAUCCUGCUCAUCUUCAGCUUGGUUAUAAGUUUCCUCUGUAACUAUUUGAUGGGCAUCACUUUUCAAAUUGAUGUCAUCUUUGGAACUCUGGAGCAACUCUAUGUCAAACCAUGGGUUCGAGUUAACUCCUACUUCGGAGGCGUUCUAAUGGGUUGGAUCUAUUUCCAUUACAAAGAUGAAUCCUCAGUUAAGCUGAGUAUGUCCAAAAAAGUAAUCUUCUGGACGGUCACAUUUUGCAUCUAUGUUUUCACAAACUUCAUGAGUUUUUGGCGUUCGGCACCCGUUUGGCUGGUAGCUUCAAUUAUGUCCUUUGGCAAGUUCAUAUUUGGACUUUGCAUUGGAUGUGUCAUUGUUAUGUGCCAAUGGGGCUUUGGAGGUCCUUUCAAUGCCCUGAUGUCAUCAAGGCCGUGUUUAUUUUUAAAUAAGUUCUGUUUCAGUAUUUAUAUGAUAGCUCCUGUGAUAGUUGUGAUAGUUUUCGCUUCAAGAACGCAGGCGACACAUUUCAGUGAAGUCGGUUCGAGCAUGGACUUCAUGGGAGUAAUUGUAAUAUCAAUAUUAAUGUCAUUAAUUGUUGUUUUGUUGGUGGAGAUACCAUUUCAGAAAAUAUCCUCAAAAUUUAUUGUGAGGAGAUAAGAUUGCAUAACUUAAUUCCUAAAAAAGGACAGUUUAGGGAAAUGUGUAUUAUUAUAGACUUAUAUCAUUCAAAAACGCCCUCAUUAUUCUCACAAAUCUAGUUUUUAAGUUCAUAGUAUGUAAUAAAAAAUGUAUUUUUUAUAAAGAUACUUAAGAAAUAAUAAAUUUAGUAGAUAAC